UCACUCGCCAUUUUGCAAGAAUGUCAGCCAAAUCAUCAGAGCGAGUUUUUAGUUAAUUUAUAUGUUAACGCACGUUAAAUUACAGUGAUUUUGUGUUUUGAAUAUCGUUUUUAUUGAUAAACAGCAAAUAUGGACCGUUUUAUAAGCAUGUGGAAGGUGCGGGAGUUGGCGGACAAAGUCACAAACGUAGUGAUGAACUACACGGAGGUAGAAGGCAAGGUGCGCGAGGCGACCUCGGACGAGGCGUGGGGCCCCACCGGCCAGCAGAUGCAGGAGCUCGCGCUGGCCACCUUCACGUACGAGCACUUCCCCGAAGUCAUGUCCAUGCUGUGGCGGCGGAUGCUGCAUGAUAACCGCAGCCAUUGGCGCAGGACUUAUAAGUGCCUGCUACUCCUAAGCUACCUGGUCCGCAACGGUUCUGAGCGCGUGGUGACGUCGGCGCGGGAGCACAUCUACGACCUGCGCUCGCUCGAGAACUACACAUACGUCGAUGAUGUGGGGAAAGAUCAGGGUAUCAACAUAAGGCACAAAGUGCGAGAGCUGAUAGACUUCAUACAGGACGACGAGAAACUGCGCGAGGAGAGGAAGAAGGCCAAGAAGAACAAAGACAAGUAUAUUGGCAUGUCGUCGGAGGCGGUGGUGAUGGGCAUGCGCGGCAGCUCGGCCGGCUGGGGCGAGUACAGCGACCGCAGCUCCAACUGGGAAGAGCCGAAAGAGAGGAAUGAUGAUGACGAGUACGAGAGAGAGGAUUCAGAUGGAGAUUACGGACAUCACAGGGAGAGGAGACCACAGAAAGAAAACGUAUACCGCGAUUCAGACGUCGUAAGCUCGAGUCCUCCUCGCGCCCGGUCGCUGGAGCGAGCCGAGCGCAACGAGCGACUCGACCGAGCCGAGCGAGCUGAGCGAGCUGACCGCGCCGAGCGAGCUGACCGCGCCGAGCGAGCUGACCGCGCCGAGCGAGCUGACCGCGCCGAGCGAGCUGCGCCUAAACCGUUCAGCAUUAACCUUAAGAGCCCUGUUAAGCAGAAGCCUUCUACACCUGUUAAGAAGAUUGAUUUAGGAGCAGCAGCAUCAUACGGCAAGUCCUCUUCAGCAUCGGCGCCGGCUCCUCAGAGCCAGCAGUCGCAGGAACUGCUGGAUGACCUGUUCAAGACCUGUGCAGCACCCGCCGAGCCACCACGAGGCCUGGACUCUGCUAACGUGCUAGAUGAUUUUGAUCCUAGAGCCGAAGAACCGCCGCUACCACGAAAAGUAUCGAACGAAUUCGGCGACUUCACAAACGCAUUCGGUCCCCCCGCCAACAACAACGAAGGAUUCGCCGACUUCUCCAGCGCCUUCACCGAUAACAACACUGCUACUGUUAACAACACUAAUAUCUUGCUGGGUUCAAGCAAUAACUUGAUGAGUGCAGGCAAUAACCUGAUGGGUGCGAGCAAUAACUUGAUGGGAGCGAGCAACAAUAUGAUGGGUGCGAGCAACAAUUUGAUGGGGAGCAAUAACUUGAUGAAUUCCAACAGUUUGCUUAGUUCUACAAAUAUGAAUACAGCCCCAUCGUCGAACCUGGACCUUCUGAGUGAGCUGUCCCCCCCCGCACUGUCAGCGGUGGACUCGUUACCCGACCAGCUGUCCGGCGUCACGCUGCAGCCUGCUCUCGCGCCAGGUAUUCAACCGACGCCCGUGGGUCUCCUGAACCCCAUAGCUCCCAACAGCACGGCGGGCGCCGCCCCCGCCGCCCCCGCCAAGCCCGCCGCCAAGCUCGGCGCCACGUGGGCCGACACCACGGGCGCCAUCAACAUCGACGUGGACAACCUGCUGGCGCCCCGCUCCCCCCGCGCCGGCCCCGCGCCCUCCAUCAACCAGCUCAAGUCCUCCCCCUCCAGCCCCGCGCACCAGCCGCCGCCCUACCUCGUGCAGGCGAGCCUCAACAACAACUUCGCCAGCCCGCAGCCGGGGCAGCCCAUGCGACCCGCCUUCGCUCACAACAACUCCUUCCUCCAAUGAUAUUGGUUACUGGCAGAUAUUUGCCAGAAUGGUUGAGUUAGAUUUAGUUGCGGAUUGGAGCAAUGGUAGAAAAAUAAAUUUCCAUUAUUUUUAAUAUUUUCUGUAUAGACUAUUAUGAUAUCAUUUUUAUUGAGUUGUGUACGUUUUCGUGCUCAAAACUCUUCGAUAGUAAUUUUCUUAUUUUAUUUUAAAAUGUCCGUUGAUUUUGCAUGUGUAUAAGCUUUUUUCAAUGAACCCCUAUCUUAAAGUUCCUCUAAUUUAUUAGUAGAUUAAUAUCAAUAUUUAAUCUGACAAUAAAAUUAAAUCGCACUUUUGUGAUGCGAAGUAGCGGUAGGAAGGAAACUAAUAUCAUGAUUAUACCGCUCUUUGCUAGUUAAAUUAUAUACCAUUGCUCCAAAACCUAAAGUACCUAUCGAUGUGGGUUUCGGAAAUUAGUACUAAAAGUGAAAUGAAAACAAUUUUUAUACGAAUUUGAUAUUAUAAUAAAUUGGCGAGGCCCACGCAUGUACAUAAGUACAUAUCAAAAUAUAUCGCCUGAUAUUAUUUGUUGUUUCGCUAGAGUGGCUGAGGUAAUGCGAGACUAUAUAUAUUAUUUUAAAUCUGUCAAAAUUUACUUAAAAAUCUACUCAAACGCUACAACUGUUUCUUCUAACCAUACCGCUUUAAGGGUAGGUAUCGAAUAUCUAAGAAUUAGUCGUCUCGCAACGAAAUAUGUGUUAGAUCCUUAUAAUCUUCCGUUCGAAGAUGUGUUAAGGAUAUUCCACGGAGUGCAUAUCUUGUUUGGUACACAUGUACCCUUUUUGCGGCUCAAGUAUUAAACAUGUUCCAGUAAAACAUUCGCUAAUUCUAGUUUACAUUGAAAUUAUUAAUGGCUACGGGUAUAAGACAGAAGCAAUACAAUCUAUAACAUGAAAUAAAUAUUAAAAUAUGUUCUACAAUUACUUUUAUUGAUUGUUAAUGUUUUACUUUAUCUCUUUUAAAACUGUUUAAAAUUACUAUGUUAUCUUAACUUGUGAAAUUUGGUUUUACGUCUAUGUAAUCUAAUGCUCACUUUACAUUCCUUCCAAUUAUUUCUACUUAAGUUAAUAAAAUUAUACAUUUCUU